UCUGCUUUUCUUUUCCUUUCUUCCCGCUGCAGCCACUCGAAAGAAAAAAAAAAGGGGAACCCAGCCAUGCCUUUGAGAAACCGGUGAGAUAAGCUUGGUUUUCUCCUUCCUUUCUUGCUCUAGAACACACCUAGAACCCAGAAAUCUUCCCCCCUGCUGGAAAAGCCGGAUCUGCCCUGCUCUGCUUUGUCCUUCCGCCAACUGCUCUUGAUUGUGGGCGAUUUCUGGGCAUUUUUUUCGUUUCCAUGAGUUUCUCCCCUGUACUUGCCGUCGGCCUCCUCCCCCCUACAGCUCCAGUUUCUACAGCUGGAGAAUUAUGGUUCCCGAUCGUUCUGUCAGUUAGUGCGUGAAUUGAGUGCUUGGUUUUAUGCAAGUAAGGUAAGUAAAAUUAUGGUAACGCCCUUUGACUUUUCAAGCAUGUUUUGAUUUGUUUUUGAAGUGGUGGCGGGACUAAACCCGUUUUACACGAGCAUGACUGAUUUGAAGUGAAAUGUUUAUGUUUUUCAUUAAAUUGAGCAUGCUUACUUGAAAGUGAUUGUGAACUGUCUUGAUGAUCUGAAAGUGAUUGUGAAUCGUGAUUUUCCUAUUAACUUCUGCUUGUUUUGUUUCCGAUGUGGUCAUGUUAUUUGUGACCCUGCUAGUGGGGGAGGUUAUAAACACUAGCACAUGUCGACAUGUUAGUGAGAGAGCCAGUUCGUUCAACCCAGCUAGUGGGGGUUAUACACCAGCAAAUCGUGGCCCUGCUAGUGGGGAUUAUACACUGGCCGUGACCUAUAGAGGAGACGUCUAUUUCGUGCUCGAAGUGAAACCGAGGACGGGAAACCACGGGAAGUGACAAGUUAGAAAGCUAGCCAUUUCGAGAUUGAUAUAAAUUUUAGAAAUAAAUCAUGAUCUUGUAA